AUGCCACCAGAGAAGAAAAUUGAAAAACGCUUAGCUGAAAUGGUGGUGAAUAUAACAGCUCUCAAUGCUCAGUGUGACGUAGUCGAAAAAUUCAUUAAACAAUUCGACGAAGAUCGCGAUCAAUGCCAAAUUCCCGUUCGGAUUGAAUCGCUUGACCGAGUGUAUAAAGCGUUUUUGACAGUGCAGGAAGAAAUCGAGAGACUGGACGAUCCAGAGAUGCUAGAGAUUCACUUGUCUGAGAGAUCUAAAUUCGAGAACAGAUAUUGUGUGGCAAAGGGCUUUCUAUUAGCAAAGCGUAGUGACGAUGUGAACCAUACCGUGCUUAAUGCUUCUCUACCUGGUAGUGCGCCUGUCACUUCGAACUACCACCUGAGGCUACCCAAGAUAGACCUCCCAAAGUUUAGUGGCGAGUUUUCAAAAUGGCUGUCUUUUCGUGACACCUACAUAUCGAUGGUGCAUUCAAAUGUCGACAUACCCACCGUAGCCAAGCUGCAAUAUCUUCUCCAGUCGCUAGAGGGUGAAGCGCAUAAACCGUUUGAAAGCGUAGAUGUGGUAGCAGAUAACUACGCAGCCGUAUGGGACAAUUUGCUCAAGCGGUAUGAUAACAAGAGAUUUCUGAAAAAGCAAUUGUACCGCGCUCUGCACGAUUUACCCGCAAUAAAUAAGGAAUCCGCCACCGAGCUUCAUGAGCUCCUAGAUGAAUUUCAUCGUCACGUUAAGGCACUCGCUAAACUAGGAGAACCAAUUGAGCACUGGGACACUCCGCUAAUCAAUAUGCUAUCGUACAAACUCGAUCCCGCAACAAUUCGAGCAUGGGAAGAAAAGGCCAGCCAAGUGGAUGAUGAAAAUGUGAAAUUUACCGAUCUGAUAGACUUUCUAUACCAGCGGGUGCGAAUAUUGAAAUCGGUAUCUUCCGACAUACUCCAGCGUGUUCAGCUUGUUCAAUCAAAGGUGGCCGGCAAUGUUCACGCUCCGAAGAAGUUUUGA